GAGGCGGGGCUUCGCGGCCGUUAAACCACAACAAAGAUGGAGGCGCUACAUGACAGCUAGGUUUGCGUUUUUUUUCACGGCGACGCGCUGAAGUGAAGAUGGACGCCCCGCAUCUCCCGGAGCCGAGCGCGGAGAAACGCGUCCGCAUCGUCGGGUCCGAGCUGGUGGAGAACUACACGGUUUACAUCAUCGAGGUGAGCGUUGGAGAUCACAGUUGGACCGUGAAGCAUCGUUACAGCGGCUUUCACGACUUGCAUGAAAAACUCACCGUGGAGAAGAAGAUCGAUAAACAUCUGUUGCCGCCCAAGAAGAUCAUCGGCAAAAACUCUAAAAGCCUCGUGGAGAAGCGUCAGAAGGAGCUGGAGGUUUAUCUCCAAACGCUCCUGAACAGAUUCCCCUCAUCGACCCCCAAAGUCCUGUCUAGCUUCUUACUCUUCCACUUAUAUGAAAUCAAUGGAAUUGCUGCUGCCCUGGCUGAAGAGCUCUUUCAUAAGGGCGAGCAGUUGUUGGCUGCAGGCGAGGUGUUUCUCCUCAGACCGCUCCAGCUCUACGCCGUCACACAGCAGCUGAAGCUCGCCAAGCCGACCUGUGCCAACGGAGAUGCCAAAGCCGACCUCGGACACAUCCUGGACUUCACCUGCCGCCUCAAGUACCUCAAGAUCCCCGGAACGAAAGCAGCUGUGGGGACGAGUAACAUCGAGGAGCAGUGCCUCCCUUUCGACCUGUCCGUCUUUAAAUCGCUGCUCCAGAUCGAGAUCAGCGAUUGUGACGCAGGACAGAUCACGGGCCUGCCUUCCCUCAAGCCCACGCUGGCCACCCUCAGCAUCCAUCUCUCAGCCGGCAGUAUGAAGGAAAUCUUGGUUCCCGAAGCGUCCGAAUUCGCCCAGUGGGAACCUGAGGGGGUCGAUACGGACUGUCCUGUAACGGCAAUCAUUCCCACGUGGAAGAUGCUCACUACUUUGGACAUGAGCCGAAACUUCAUACGCUGCAUCGACGAGUCGGUGAAACUGAUUCCAGAAGUCGAGUUCCUUGAUCUCAGCUAUAAUAAGUUGUCUCUAGUGGAAAACCUUCAGCAUCUGUACAACCUGGUUCACCUGGAUCUGUCCUUCAACAAGCUCACGGUCCUGGAGGGCGUUCACACUAAACUGGGGAACAUCAAGACUUUGAAUCUGUCUGGGAAUCAGCUGGAGACGCUUUCCGGCCUCAGUAAACUUUACUCAUUGGUUAAUUUGGAUUUAAGCAGCAACAGAUUAGCACAGCUGGAUGAAAUUAAAAACAUUGGGACGCUUCCCUGCUUGGAGAAACUGUCUCUGAAUAAUAACCCCAUGUGCAUCAUCCCAGAUUACAGGACUAAAGUUCUGGCCCAGUUCUGCGACCGGGCCUCCGAGGUGUGUUUGGACGGUACAACCACCACAGAAAAAGAGCUCGACACGGUGGAGGUGCUAAAAGCCAUUCAAAAAGCAAAAGAGGCCAAAGACCGAAUGGCAAACAACGAGAAAAAGGUGAGUGACGCCCCGGGACGGGCCACGGGCGGGCCACAGUCCUCUUCGUCCUCUCUGGUCGCGCCGCCCUCCUCUUCCUCCCCCUCUCUGUCUCGUUCCACCUGCUCCAGUCAAGAAAUAACUACUUGUAAAGAAAAAGCUUUUAUUACCAAAGAGAUAUUAACUCCUGUGGAUUCUACACUUACCCAGAGAUGCUAUGAUGUUUACAACUCAGCCUGUGAUGUCAUCCCGCAGGUGGAAACUCAAAUUGAUUCCAGUUUGUCUUCCGAGGUCACCUUUGAGAGCAGCCCUUGUUGCUGUGAAGAGGAGUGGAAACCUUGGAGCGCAAAUCUUUCGAAUAUCUUUGUACCUCCUUCCUUACUGUCCUACACUACCACGAACGAGGAGUUUAUCAGUCAGCUUUCUGCUCACAUCAACCAGGCUAAUGGAGAAGAAUCAACCCAGAUACCUUGCAAAACUACGUCCCUUGAGAGCACAGACCAAGGGAGUCCUCAGUCUGGAGAUGGGUACUUUGAGAUGACAGUAGAUGAUACCAACGAGAUCAUGGGUUGUUCCUCCUCGUCCACCAUUCAGGAAAAGAUGCCAGAUGAUGUGAAGAAGGAAUCUGUAAUUGAUAAUGUAAAAAUGGUGCUUUGGUCUCUUUGUAUCAGUGUUGGAGAAGUUUUGAGUCAGCGGCCAUCUUGUUUGGUGGCAACGGACAGCUCGCUUGUGGUUUUUCACAUCAGGUCAGAAGAACCAGUGAGUAAAUUGGAAGAACUAAUGCAGAACCUUGAGACAGACUUGGUUGUGCCGUACACCAACAUUGAGACCUUUCAGGUUGAUAUUCCAGACGUUUGUUUCUCCUUGAAGGUCAAAUCAAGCAAUACGCGAUGGUUCUUUUUCUCAGGCACCCAAAGUCUGAAGGAGAUGCACUCAUGCAUUGUCACACAUGUGGACCAAACUAAUGAGCAAGUUUUUAACUCCUCUAACACUCAAGUGUUUAUGCGACAGUUUCUGAACUCUUGGGACUUUGAGGAAAGUGAGGGCAGCGUUAAAGGCGGACACUUGAUCCAUUUCCUUGAUUUAGACUCAUCUACCUCCGACAAGAAUGUCGCAAACAACCCACAGUUUCCAAAGAACUCGGCCACCUUGGAUGUAUUAUCCCAAAUCGGCCUGUUUGAAAGUGGUCCGAACCAAACCUCCAAUCCCUUGAUUAUAUUCCUGACCUCUCGGCACCUCUGCAUUCUCAAGGUAGACUUUGUCGCUCUGGCGUCCCGGGAUCCUUCGGAAGCAAGUGCGAUGCGGAACUGCUCCAAAGUAACACGUAUCCCACUUUCAUUCACGCUCCUCGACCCAAAGCAGGACUGUUCGUGUAGGGCUGUCUCAAACUCUCGCCGCUUCUACGAUGAGCAUGUUGUAGAACUGAUGGCGGGUCACGAGUGUCUGACUGUUGUUUUUGCCCUUCCACAAGAGAAGUUCACAUUCCUGAGAGAGUUCACACAGCUUCGGUCCAAUCUGAGGGAAAUUAAGACCAUUGCUCUGCAGCGCACUAAGAAAGGACACUCAAAAGUGCACAGUUAUCCCACUCCUGCUACAGCCACAGAAAGAAUACCUACCAGCAGUGUCCCUCAGGAAGUGCCAAGGCCCCAUCUGACCCUGUCUCUGCUGUAUCCAGCCAAAUCCCUCAUUCAGCAGCUGAUGGAGGACAACCAAUGUCCCUCACACCUCUCGGUCUCCUCCUCUUUACUCCUCAUCUCGUCUCUCAAGGGAGGCCAGCUUGUCCACUUCUUUCACAACAAUAUUGCAGAGAUGGAGAAUGAAGAGCUGAAACACAUACUGUGGACAUCGGUGCUCUUCUACAGAUCUCCUGAUGUGGAGACGAGCGCCUGUGUCCUGCUGUCUACCAAAGCCAUCUACUUCAUCCUGGAUGAUACGGCGUCCUCGCUCACCAACCAAUCAAUGAUGUGGACCUGGCACCCGUCCGAGCACAAGGACCCAGAUUUCCUCAUCUCCUUCUGCUUCACUCUAAAGCUAAAAGACCUGCAGAGCGUCAAUGUGGGCUUGUUCGAUCAGUACUUCAGAGUCGUGGGGCCCUCGGCUGAUCACAUCAUUUCCUGUCUGACCCGUGACGGUUACGGCACACAUCGGUUCCUGCAGCAGCUGAUGAUGGUUUUGUCUUUGCUGGAGAAAGUUCCCUCUCCUGAACCUUCUGAGCUGGAUUUCUACUCGCAGUUUGGAAACAAAAGCACAGGUAAAAUGGAGAACUACGAACUGGUCCAUUCCAGCAAAGUGAAGUUCGUGUAUCCAAGCGAGGAAGAGAUCGGAGAUCUCACCUUCAUCGUAGCGGAGAGGAAGACCCCUCAGGCACCGUCUCACUCCUUCAACAUCCUUUUGUACGUACUGGUAUUCCAGGUCCACGUCGUUCCGGCCCAGACUGUCCUACAACCCAAGACUCUUAUACUCACCAGCACUGACGUCUUCCUCCUGGACGAAGACCACAUUAGCUACCCUCUCCCCGAAUUUGCAAAAGAGCCUCCGCAAAGAGACAAGUACCGCCUCACGGAUGCUCGACGAAUACGCGACCUGGACCGCGUGCUAAUGGGCUACCAGACUUACCCACAAGCCCUCACGCUGGUGUUCGACGACGUCCCCGGACCGGAUCUUCUGUGCCAUCUUACCAUGGACCAUUUCGCGGAGAGUGACGGGAGGGGCGACAGGACGCAGGGGGUCGGAGGAGCCGAGGGGGAAGUGCAGUGGUGUAUUUUCGUACCGGGAGCGGACAGCAGAGAGCGGCUGAUAUCGCUCUUGGCCCGCCAGUGGGAGACGCUGUGCAGCAGAGAGCUGCCGGUUGAGCUAACAGGCUGAAAUGGGGGGAAAAAAAACAGUAUUCACCCACAAAGUAUGAUGAACGUUUAUUUUUACGAACAUUUUUUUACAGUUUUGACACAAUGCAUCCUGGGAAACUGUAUCGUAGAGUCCACACGAGUGUAAUAUACCUAUAUAUUUUGUCUCAGGCUUCAGACUUUGCUUUUUUUUGCUGCUUUUCAGACAUAUUUAUCCGCUGCUGUGUACAAUCGGCCGUGCAUCAUGAAAUGUGAAACGUCUGUUAUACAGUUUUGUGCAGUUCAGUGUUAUUUUAAGUAAAUUUGUUGUUCUGUGGCAACAAAAUCGUUUUCAGAUGGCUUUUAAUGUUUGUUUUUUUUUUUAAUAAUCUAAAUGCAGUUUUAAUGUGUCGUUUCAAUUUUAGAAAGUAUUCCUGAAACUAAUUUGUGCAUUUAUUUGUACAGAUGUUCAAACGGUGAGCACAUGUUUACAGAGCGCUUUUAACUUCACAGAGGGAAUUCAGACUGAUUAUGCACUUUGAAUUUUGUAAUAAAUGUGAGUAAAUGUAAA